UGACCAUCAGGUUUUCGCUGCUGUCUGGCUGCUGUACUGUACUGGUGAUGCCAAGAUGGCUGCAAGCAACUAUUUCGGCUUCACACAUGGUGCCGGCCCGCAGUACAGUACUCAGCCUCCCCCGGCCUAUUCCCAUCCCUCCACAGCCAGUUACAGCGUCCAGCAGGCGCCGGCUGUUGCUCAUGCUGUGACUGCCUCCUACUCUCCAGCUCCUGUCCAGGCAGCUAGGCCUGUGGUCUCUGCCCCUUACCCUGCCUAUCAGAGCCACCAGGCCCCCCCGGAUUAUGCCUACAGGCAGCCAGACCCCCCUGCACCACCGCAGCCAACGACCACCCCACAGACGUACCAGGUAUACUCGGACACGCAGGACAACUACAGCUAUGGGCGCCCUGCAGCUGUCACUACCUAUGACAAUAAACAGUACUACCAGACGAGUAUAGCACCGGCUCAGAGGACACCCACAGAGAAUUACUACCAGACAGUAGGGGUAAAGAGUGCUUACAGUCCAGCUCCUUCCACUGUGUACAACCAACCUCCUCCUCCCCAGAGGCAGGUAACAGCACUUAAACCUCUGGUUCCCUCCAGCCCUGUUUCCACCAGCUAUAACAUCUACCCAGUGUCCACCAGUGUCCAGCAGCCUCCCACACCCAUUUCAUCAUACACCCUUGGAUCCUCCUUUGGAUCCACUGUUUCUGCCACCACCUAUUCAGGCAUUAGCUACUCUACUUACGAUUCAACUGGCUACACCUCCACCUCCACCCCCUCCUAUUACCAGCCGGCCCAGCAGACUCUCACCCAGCCGCAGCCUCCACCUCAACAGCCACAGCAGCCACAACAGCCUCAACCCCAGCCCCCCAUCCAGCUCCCACCCAAGCAGCUCACAAGCUCUUCCUGGAGCAAUUCAGGCAGCAACAUGGUGACAGCUCCAGCUGUGAACACCUACAAAAAGCCAAUGUUUCACCAAAACAAGCUGCAGAAGCCUAAAGGGCCCCCUAAACAACCCCAGCUCCAUUACUGUGACAUUUGCAAGAUCAGCUGUGCAGGCCCUCAGACGUAUCGGGAGCACCUUGAGGGCCAGAAACAUAAGAAAAAGGAGGCAGCUCUGAAAUCUGGGGGUCAGGCGGGUCCAAGUAAUGGUCCACGAGGAGUUCAGACUCAGUUACGCUGUGAGUUAUGUGAUGUCUCCUGCACCGGAGUGGACGCCUACGCCGCCCACAUCCGUGGGGCCAAACACCAGAAGGUGGUGAAACUUCACACCAAGCUGGGAAAACCUAUACCUUCAACUGAGCCAGUGCUGGUGAAUUCAGCUCCAGUUGUCACAACCUCGACAGCUGGCAAACCUCAAGUCUCCACGUCCACUCCUUCCUCUGUAUCAACCACUACAACUCCCAGUGUGACCCCCAAACAGGUGGCCGUAAAUACCACGACCAAAACAACAGCACCAGUCAGGAAACCAGCUCCAUCCAAAAUAACUGUCAUUUCCAAUAAGCCUGCCAGCGCUCCUGUGGCUGCAGUGACGGCAGCACCAGCUGUGGUCGUUGUGGCUGCCAAGGUGGAGGAGCCCAUGCAACAGUCAGCUCAGAAGUUAGAGCCUCAGAGUGAUGACGAGGAUGGUGACAGAGCUGGCCAGGGAGACAUCCAGCCAGUGGGACACGACUAUGUAGAGGAAGUUCGUAAUGAUGAUGGCAAGGUGAUCCGCUUCCACUGUAAACUGUGUGAGUGCAGCUUCAAUGACCCCAACGCUAAAGACAUGCACCUGAAAGGAAGGAGGCACCGACUGCAGUACAAAAAGAAAGUAAACCCAGAGCUACCUGUGGAAAUCAAGCCCAGUAACCGAGCGAGGAAGCUGCAGGAGAGCAAGCUGAAGAAGCAGAAGCAGAAAGCAGUGCUGAAGAGGCAGAGAGACGACGAGCAGCGCUGGCACAUUGAGAUGAGGUUAGACUCAUGGAGAUAUGAGGAGGAUAUGUACUGGAGGAGGAUGGAGGAGGAGCAGAUGUACUGGGGGGAGCAGAGACGCAGGAUGGCACCUCCACCGCUGAUGAGCCGGCCUGGUAUGCCAGUGCCCCCUCUACUGACAUGUGUGCGUCGACCAGACUCUCCUGAUGACCGUCACAUCAUGGCUAAACAUUCAACCAUUUACCCCGUGGAGGACGAGCUGCAGGCUGUUCAGAGGAUCGUCUCUCACUCUGAAAGAGCACUUAAACUGGUGUCAGACUCCCUGCUGGAUAAGGAGACACCAGUUGUUGCCCCUGCUGCCGCCACUGAAGGAGGAGAUGAAAAAGGUUUAGAGAACUCAGCACGGCUGCUUAAAGGCGUGAUGCGGGUGGGAAUUCUGGCCAAAGGCCUGCUGCUCCGUGGGGACAGAAACGUUGAGCUUAUCCUGCUGACUGCCAAGAAACCCACCAUCUCUUUACUGAAGAACAUCGCAAAACAGCUGCCCAAUGAGCUUGAGACUUUUUCUGAAGAUCAGUAUGAGGUGCAGGCUCACCCCGAGGAGGCGAACAUCGUGAUAUUUUCAAGCAAGGAGCCCAAAAUGCAGGUGACCAUUUCUCUCACCUCGCCGCUGAUGAGGGAGGACACUGCUGCUGAGAAGGACAAGCAGGCAGGAGGAAAAUCGGCUGAGAAAGGUGUGGCUGAGAAGGACCCUCCUGAUCUUUUGAACAAGAAAAAAUGUCUGGAGAACCUGGCAGCUCUCCGUCACGCCAAAUGGUUUCAGGCUCGUGCCAACGGGCUGCAGUCAUGUGUGAUCAUCAUUCGAGUGCUGAGAGAUUUAUGUCAGCGGGUUCCCACCUGGGGGAAGCUGCCUGGCUGGGCCAUGGAGCUGCUGGUGGAGAAAGUGAUCAGCAGUGCUACGGGCCCACUCAGUCCAGGAGAGGCCAUGCGCAGAGUCCUGGAAUGCAUCUCCACAGGAAUCUUGUUACCAGAUGGACCAGGGUUGACGGACCCCUGUGAGAAAGAGCAAACGGAUGCUUUGGAAAGCAUGAUGCUUCAAGCCCGAGAGGACAUAACUGCCAGCGCUCAGCAUGCUCUGCGGCUGCUCGCUUUCCGUCAGAUCCACAAAGUUCUGGGCAUGGAGUCACUGCCGGCGUCUAAGGCCAGCGCUCGAAACCGCAAACGUCGACGGGACGGCAGUGACACCGGCGAGGGGGAGGGGGAGGGAAAGAAAGACAAGAAGGAAGAAGCAGAAGAUGCUUGACCUCUGCCUCCACAGCAGAGGGGUUUAUUAGUUUAGAGACUGGCAGAAUGUCACAUGUUUCAACUUUUCCUAUCUUGAAAACAAUCUUAACACGCAGCUAUACACAUAUGACAUAUAACUGACUGUAUACUGUAAGCUACAUGUCUGCUGUUAAAUAUAGAGGAAUCAUGUGUCAGAGGAAGAGACUGAAGAGUAAGAUUCUAGACUGCAAACCCCCUCCCCUGUAUACGUAUAGUAACUCCCUGCAGAAAUAACAUCUUUAAAGAGUGCAGACAAAACUGGCUCAGUAAACAAAUCUUAAAACAAACCGAUUUGCACACUAACUACUGACCAGUGAUCGUCAUCGUGUUCUGUGGUUUUAAAGCCUCCAGUUAAAUCAACAGCACCUUAAGCUUUGUUACCCAACUUUUCUCUUUGAAAAGUUUGAACCUGGCUGCUCUUCAGGCCACUUCAGUUCAACCAUCACACAGUUGAGUCAGGACUCACUGAACUAACAUUGGUGCAUGAGAUUUAUACACUGAAAUGUGUUUUUUUUUUUUUUUUUAGUUGUUUCUUUUUUUAAAUAUGAGAGAUGGUUCAUGUUUUGAAACUGUGAGAGAGAUCAGAGGAGACGGACUGUUUAGAAUUUACACACAUAAAGUACUGUGAUGUUUAUAGUGCCUAAGAUGACACAUAAAUGAUACAAUAGUGUGUUGCUGUGAGUGAACCUUAAAAUAAAAAAAGCAUUUCCUGAACUCUUCUUCGCUUCCACUACUAAAGUCGCCUAUAUUAAUGUUUCAACAUUUCGCUUAAUAUAUUUUGAAAACUUGAAGAAGAUGAGUUGAAAAGAGAAAGCCAAAAGCCCUCCGCCUAAAAAAAAUAAAAAAUAAGGCAAUGCUAAAAUAACUUAAUUUUAAACUUACCCCUUAAAAGACAACACUGUUAUUUGUGGGUAACGGAGUUCACACUGGAGCGUAGAUGUGUCUCUGAAGAGAGGGGUCUUAUGUUGCACAGUUUGUAGCAUGCUGAUGGAAUGAAGCACUUAAGAAAUGACAAUGUUACUGUAUGCAGCCAUACUUUUAUCAUUCAAAUAAUAUAAUGCCUAGUAAUCUUUUUUUCUUCCAGAGUAUGGCUAGCAGAAGAAAGAAGCUUUAGUUUGAAUCAUAAGACUGAAUAUCUACUGUCAUGAUCAAGUAGUCCUUCUUCCUUGUGCCUGCAUCAUGUUUUUGUGUAACAAAGAAUAAGAGGAACAAUACUGAGUGAAUAUUGUCAUGAUCUUAUUAUUACACAAAGAUGUGAGUCAGCGAAGGGACUGAUGCACAACUCUUUUGGCUUAAAAGUGAGACAGUUAUUGUGCAGUUUUUUUUUUGUUGUUAGAUUUUUCAUUUACCAAGAUUAUCAUAUAUAAGUACUGCUUAUUUUAUUUCUGAAGUAUGUUGCAAACUGUUGUGUAUUUUUAAAAGGAAAAGUGAGAGCGUUGCUGUCCUAUCAUUUGAAUGUCUUUGUAGUGUUGCCUACAGUUAAAAGGAGAUAUUAAAACCCUUUUAAGCCA